AUGGCAUCGCUGAACUCCUGUAUCAACCCUAUUGCUCUGUACAUGGUUAGCAAACUAUUCAAAACCUGUUUUAAGGUAAGAUACAAUAUAAUCUUCCUCAUUAUUUGCUAUGUCAGUUCUUACACAUGAGACAGAGGAAGAGGUAUAGGCUGACAGUGUGAUGCAUGCUGUAUGGACUCUGUUCAAGAUCAUUCUUGCCUUACUGACUGACAUCACUAAACUUGUGAGGGCAAUGACUUGAGGAGGUGAUAGUUGAAGAAUACAGUCCUGGAAAACAGUGACCAGAGCUUAACUAGACACUAGACUGAUGCUGAAUCAGCGUACACGCAUAGCAAAAGUUCAAUGUAAGGACAUUCACAGUGCUUUUUUUAUAUAUAUUUUUUUUUAAAUAUUUUUUAUAUAUUUUUUUUUAUUGUUUUUUUUUUUUUUUUUUUUUUUAAUCUUUAUUAAUUUUUUCGGGGGGAAUGGAUCAGCUUAAUAUUGCAGAUAGAUUGUAUCUUCUAUCAAUGUAAUUGUCUGCAUCACUUCCAAUCCCCCAUGUUUUAUUUUAUUUUUUAUAUAUAUAUUCCCCUUUAUUACUUUUCAACCCCACCAUCCUUUCCCUACUUGGAGUAAAUUAGUGAACAACAACGACAUUCACAGUGCUAGUUUGCAUGUUAAUAAGAACAUUUACAGCAAAGUAAAUCUUGGAAAUUGAUAGUAAUCUCUGCAAUCCGGAACCCAAAUCUCCGGCCAGCUAUGUUAUCUCUGUCCACGACAUAUUAAUUGAUAGAGUUUGGUGGUUGACUGUUGGUGGACUUGUGUAUGUCCCUUAGGAAUGCCUAUGUUGUUGGUGCAUAACACCUGAAGUAUUGACGCUUGAAGAGGUUCAGUCUAUAUUGAAGUCAAAGAUACAGGAGCAAGCCCCUGAGCAACAUUAG